AUGGAUGAUUUGGAUAUGCAUGACAUCGAAAACAAUCAUCUCGAUGAAGAAAAUCAUCAGUUCGGUUCUAAUGAUUUAGAUAUUCUUCAUAACGAGGAAAAUCAAUCGGAAACCCAAGUUCUGGUGAUUCAGAGAUUCCGCAUAAUGAUGAAAAUCAAUUGGAAAUCCAAGUUCAAAGUGACAAUGUUGCAGCACAAUAUGGCUCUUGCAAACAAUUCAUUGGAGCUGAUGGUUCUUUCUUUUGGAUUCCAGAGCGGGGGAUUGCCAAACACUUCUACCUUAGACACGAUUAGUGUUGAUCAUAACAAGCAAUUGAGAAAUAGUAAUUGUAAACGCACAAAUUGCAAAGCUUUUGUUGCAUUCAAAGUUAUACCAGAUUCUUCAGAAGUUUAUCUGUGGCGCUUUGAACAACAACACAACCUCAAAUUGAUCAAUCAAGAUUGUAUGCAUCUUUCAAGAGCUAAACGUCAGUUGGAUGUUGUUGAUCAAGCUUUUAUACAUAAGCUUUCGAGUGCAAAGGUGGGGGAAACUACAACAUAUAGGCUAAUGUGCGUUAUAAAAGGAGGAUGUGAAUUUGUUGGUGGACUAGAGAUAGAUUGGAAAAAUUUUACAAUGGAUAUAAAUUGUCACAGCGGGGGCACUGAUGCAAAUUUGUUGAUUACAAAGCUUUAG